AUGCACCGCGAUGGCCUCCCUCUCGACGGGUACUCCUUCACACCCGCCUUCGCCGCCUGCCCCGUGCUGCCCCCCGCCUUCGGCCGUCGCGGGCUGCUGGCGGCACGGCAGCUCCACGCCCUGGCGGCCAAGAUGGGGGCCCUCCUCUUCUACCAUCACCGCAUUACCUGCACCGCCCUCCUCGACGCGUACUCCAAGUGCGGCGGUGGGCGUCCCGAUGACGCCCUCUCGAUGUUCGACGAAAUGGAGGGCCGGGCACGGGACGCCGUCGCAUGGAACGCCCUCCUCUCCUGCUUCAUCCGGCACGGCCGGCCCGCCGACGCCGUGGCGGCGUUCCGGAGGAUGACUCUGGAGGAAGGAGUCGAUCCCACCGGGUUCACGCUGGCCACGUUGGUGAAGGCCUGCGGGGCGCUGAAGAUUCGACGACGGGGGGAGCAGGUGCACGCCUCCCUCGUCGUGGCCGGGGCCUGGGACUCCGCCGUCCUCGGCACUGCCCUCGUGGAUUUCUACUCCGACUGCGGACUCAUAGACCAGGCAAUACGAUUGUUCGCUCGCCUGCAAUGCAGCAAGGAUGACGCGGCCCACAACGCCCUGAUCGCGGGCUGCGUCAAGAAUGGCCGGCACGCAGAGGCGUUCGCCGUGCUGAGGGAGAUGGAGGAGCCCAGCGCCGCCGCCCUCACCACCGCUCUCUCCGCCUGCGCCGACUCUUGUAAUCUCCGGUACGGGAGGCAGAUACACUGCACCGCCGUCCGUGGCGGCCUCACCGGGAGCACUAUGCUGUGCAACGCGCUCUCGGACAUGUACUCCAGAUGCGGCACGAUGGAGGACGCCCGCUCCGUCUUCGAAGUAAUGCCAGCCAGGGACGUCGUUUCCUGGACGGGCCUCAUCCGCGCAUACGGCAGCCACGGGCCCGCCACCGAGGCCGUGAGGCUGUUCAAGGAGAUGGAAGAAGAAGGCCACCCCUCGCCGAACGCCGCGACCCUUCUCUCGGUCCUCUCCGCUUGCGGGCACGCCGGGCUGGUCGACGAGGGGCGUGAGUGCUUCCUGUCGAUGAAGGCCAGGCACGGCGUGGAGCCCGGGCCGGAGCACCACGCCUGCUUCAUUGACCUGCUGGGGAGGGCGGGGAGGAUCGAGGAGGCCUGGGAACUCUUCACGGGGAUGUGCGCCGGCGCCGCGGUGCCGGGGAUUGGGGUCUGCGUGGCCAUGCUGAACGCCUGCAGGGCCUGCGCGGACGUGGCGAAGGGGCUGCGGGUGGCGGAGCGUCUCCUGGGGCUGGCGCCGGCGGGGGGCGCGGGCAUCUACGUGUCCCUGUCCAACUUCUACGCCGCUGUGGGGAUGUGGGAGAAGGUGGAGGAGCUGAGGAGGUUGAUGAAGGGCAGGGGCCUGCGGAAACAGCGAGGCCACAGUUGGAUAGACAGAUGCAGAGGAAACAUGGUACCUCCGAAGCUUGCGGUUGACUCACCGUUGGGGGAGUCAAAGAAAGAUUCUAAUUCUGUCUGGCACGAGCGAGGGUCAAUCUCAUCGAGUUAG